AUGGGUCCGACUAACACAAUUAGUUCCACGAUGAUGUUAGUCUAGAUUCUAGACGUCGGUGUACUUGUUAUUUCCCCGUUAUUUCUCUCCCCUUGCUUUAUUCUCCCAUGCGCGCCAUCUCCAGUGAUCUCGCUAUCCCCUCUUUCACGCCCCUCACCAUGAGGGUAGGAAAUCGUGUGGCUGUUUUAAUUUCGGGCAUAGAGGUCGAGGAUUGUGUUAUUGAUCAACUGAAUUAUAGAACAGUCUAGAUCCUGCAGCCUGGCAAGCGCAACGCAAAGGACUACGAUGAUGUCCGAUCUCUGGCUUCACGGGAUUCGCACGUCUGGUCUAAAUUCUAAAAAACUAAAAGCUAGCAAACGAAGACGAAAGGAAAGAAGCAAUAGUUUGUUUUGUUCAAAAUUUUCCACUCCUUCUCUCUUAGAAGAAUUGCGUCGAAAAAAAUUGAAACUUGAAAGGUAAAUGUGUGGUCUUGCUAGUUUUGUUAAAUCUUGAAAAUCACUAACUGAUAUUCUUGCGAGUGGGACUACACUGUAAUUAUUCAUCAACUAAGCGGCCGUGACUCUACGACCGAGCCUAGCCGAGCGCUAGCGAUAACGCGACGUUAGGCGUGGGGAAGAGCAUGCCGUUGACGUUAUAUGAGUUAACUUGCCAAACAUCGGACACUGACUUGUUUUUAUAGUCUCGUCUCUGCGAUUGCAUUUGUCUGGAAAGUAUGGCACUUUCACAACAUCAUGAACAUUGGAAGCAAUUCUAAUUUCACUUGUCAGACAGAGAAAGAUUCAAAGAAUAUUAAAACAAGUAAAAGACAGUAACUGAGACUGAUACUUGCUCAGCAUGGAGACAUCCCAAUCGCCCCCUAAGCGUUGCAGAACGUACUCCCAGGAGGACCUGAAGAAGGCUGCCAGAAAGUACUUGCUCAGCAUGGAGAUAUCCCAGUCGCCCCCUAAGCGUUGCAGAACGUACUCCCAGGAGGACCUGAAGAAGGCUGCCAAAAAGGUGAAGAAGAAAAAGAUGCCUUUGGCGGCUGCUGCAAGGAAAUAUAAUAUCCCUGAGAGAACCCUUCGUGACAAGGUUUCUGGACGAUAUUUCAAGAAAGGUAUCAAGAAGGACACCAACAAGGACACAUCGUCACCAUCCACCAACCAACACGUUAAAGAAGAAGGUGAUGAGAAACCCCAAACUGUCAAAAAGCGCAGUGUAGGCUAUUCACAGGAAGAUAUUGAGGAAGCUGUGAGAUUGGUCAAGAAGGAAGAGAUGACUUUAAGUGCGGCUGCGAAGAAAUUUAAUAUUCCCAGAACCACACUUGAUAACAAGGUUUUUGGACGUACUGCUGCUACGUGUAACCUCGGGAGGGCCUCUUUCCUUACAGCUGCCGAAGAAGCCCAGCUUUCAAAUUGGGCUCUGCAGAUGUCUGACAAGGAAACGCCGUCACCACCACCCAUCAACCGAAACGAUAAAGAAGAAAACUCUAUAGCAGUUGUUGAGAAAAAGUUGAUGAGAAAGCACUGUGUACGCUAUUCUCAGGAAGAUAUGGAGUUAGCUGUCAGAACGGUCACAAAGAGAGAGAUGACUCUAAGGGCGGCUGCAAAGAAAUUUAACGUUCCCAAAAGCACACUUCAUGACAAGGUUUUGGGACGUACUCCUGUUAAGUGUAACACCGGGAGGGCCUCCUUCCUUACAGCUGCAGAAGAAGCCCUGCUUUCAAAUUGGGUUCUGCAGAAGUCCCACAUCAGUCAAAGUCCAGCCAAGAAGGACAUUAUUCAGGUUUCUGGAUGUUAUUCCAAGGAAGGCAUCAAGAAGGACACAGACAAGGACACACUGUCACCAUCCACCAACCAAAACGUUAAAGAAGAAGGUGAUGAGAAACCACAAAGGGUCAAAAAGCGCUGUGUAGCCUAUUCACAGGAAGAUAUUGAGGAAGCUGUCAGAUUGGUCAAGCAGAAAGAGAUGGCAUUAAGGGCGGCUGCGAAGAAAUUUAACAUUCCCAGAAGCACACUUCAUGACAAGGUUUUGGGACGUACUGCUGUUAAGUGUAAACUCGGGAGGGCCUCCUUCGUUAUAGCUACAGAAGAAGCCCAGCUUUCAAAUUGGGCUCUGCAGAUGUCCGACAAGGACACGCCGUCACCACCACCCAUCAACCCAAACGAUAAAGAAGAAAACCCAAUAGCAGUUGAUGAAAAAAGGGUCAAGAAGCGCCGUGUAGGCUAUUCACAGGAAGAUAUGGAGUUAGCUGUCAGAAUGGUCAAGAAGAAAGAGAUGACUUUAAGGGCGGCUGCGAAGAAAUUUAAUGUUCCCAGAAGUACACUUCAUGACAAGGUUUUUGGACGUACUGCUGUUAAGUGUAAGUUCGGGAGGGCAUCCUUCCUUACAGCUGCAGAAGAAGCCCUGCUUUCAAAUUGGGUUCUGCAGAUGUCCCGCGUCAGUCAAUGUCCAUCCAAGAAGGACAUUAUUCAGGUGGUAAAGAGGAUUCUUGACGACGAUGGCCGUGAGACUCCUUUCAAGAACAAUCAGCCAGGCGAAAAAUGGUUUAAUCUUUUCCUGAAGAGGCAUCCAGAGCUUGCUCCUGGGACUCCUAUAUUAAAGUCUAAAGUGCCAAACCCUAACUUUGUUUCUCCAGCAUUGCACAAACACUUAACAGUGCCUCUUGCCUCGGACAGCCCUUGCCUCAAGAGGGAGAACACUGAUGAAAUCUCGAGUGAUGUCAGAUUAAAGACCCGCAGAGUGAAAAAGUCCAAGCAGACAGAAGUAGAAGAGAAGAAGAAAGGAAAGAGUGGAACCAACAUAGCAAAGAUUGUUACCAUUGUUGUAAAGGGCAAUAAAAAGCCUGAAGUUCAUGUGAGAUAUGAUGAAGAUUUGGACCUGUGAGAACUCUUAUUAUUCUAGUUAGAACUCGAAAAAUUAUUUUAAUAUUAAUGGAGAAAAUUGACCAAGACCACAUAACACAAAGCUUAGCAAUGAUUGUAGGAACAAUUUUUUUAUUGAUUGCAGUGAUCACAUAAUGCAAUAAUCAAUUUUGAAAAUCCAGCAUAUGUUAACAACCUAGUGAACAAUCAAUCCCUUUUCUUUAUGUCAGGGUUCCCAGUCAUGGAAAAAUUUUGAAAAGUCAUGGAAUUGCAUUUACCUCUUGGCUAUGGCAGCUUUCCAGUUUGCCGUGUCUCGCAACUCUCACUCUGUGAUCAUACUCUGCUAUUAUAAUUAGUGUUCAUGAAUAUCAAUUUUCCCAGUUUUGUGACAUCCCAAAUUCUACAGAACUCCUGGGACGUCACAGGAAGUCAUGGAAAAGUCAUGGAAUUCUGUUUUUAAAUUUCUGUGGAAACCCUGUUACGUAUAGUAUCCCAAGUUUAGAUAGAUAUUUGGAUCCCAUAAUUACCUUCAGAUGGCCCAUUUCUGGUUUUAAGGUGGCAGUUUAUUUUCUUAAAGAAUUAGGGCUUGUAUUCAUAAAUAAAUGUGAACAUUUAUGGAAGUAUGAAGAUUGUGGUAUGAUUUGUCUUUUUGGUUACUACCAUGACAACAGAGUUCAGUAGCCAAUCAAAAUCAAGGAUUUUUUGUGGUAGUAAUCAUUAUGACAAAGUGACCAUAUGGUAACUUAAGUCUAAAUCGAAAGGUCCCCUGUUCAAUUGCUGUAGGUUAUAACUUGUAGGUCAUAUAAUGUUGUGUAUAUGAAUUCAGUGUUCCGAGUUACUUUGAUCAUAGUCUGGUUAUUUUUAGCUCAUCCGGCCGGAAGGGCCAGAUGAGCUUAUGCCGUGGCGUCCGUCGUCUGUCAACAAUUUCAAAAUGCUUCUUCAUCAUUUCAAGUCCGAUUUCAGUUCUGUUUGCUUGAUAUGAUAGCACUAGGUGGGGGAUUCAAAAUUUCUACACAGAAUUUUGAAAUUCAUUAAAUAUGCUAACUUAUGCAUAUUUUUCAAAACUCACAAAAAACGCUUCGUAUUUGUUGACUGAUAUAAAUUUUUUUGUUCCAUCUGAGAGCUUCAUGAGGUUCACCAAGGUUCUGCUCAGAAUUCAGAAUUUUUUACUAGAGAAUAUUUAUGCCAAUUUAUUGAAAUCUAUUCAUAAAUCACCAAAAAAAAUGCUUCUUCUCUGUCAUUUCUUCAUCAAUUUUAAUUGUUUCCUCAAUUUAUGUCACUGAUAUAAUUCGCUAGUGUCAACUGGGCUGAAAUUAAAAAUUGUGUUAAAUUUCGGUGCAGAUGCCAGAUGAGCUCCACAUAAUUAAUGUGCUAGUUAUUAACUGGAACCAUGUCAAAUUGGACUUGGUACUGGCAUUGACCUACAUGUACAUGUAUAAGAGAUGGUGUUUAUUAGCAAGUCUCCCUAUAUUUGAAUGAUGGUUAUCACCUUCUGUUAUUAAACCUAAGAUUAUCUUAA